UCCUUAAACUUUCUCCAAUUAGAUUCUCACUUUCACUCUCACAGUGUAUCAUUGUCCCCUGCAGCUCUCACUCCACUGCUCAAUUUUCCCUCAUUUUCCCGCAUUUUCUCUCCCGAUCAACCCAAACCUCGAACUCAAGCGGGCCUACGGGAGAAUCUUUCGAUCAUGUUACUCUUUCCUAUCACAUUCUAUUGUCGUUUUGCAUCCCAACGCAAUUUGCUGCUACUUUGCCCCAUUUCUUCAUAGUUUUCUUCGAAUUUAAUUCCUCAAAUCUUAGCCAAUGGGGACCUUCCUUUCUAAUUCGAUCAAUCUCUACUUUGAUUAGCUCUACAAUUUCGGUUCUGACCUUUGAUGCUUUAGUCCUUUAGCUUCGCAGCUUCCAAAAAGGAGCCAAAAACAAAGGUAAAAAAAAAAAAAAAAAGGAAAAGGUGAUGCGAGUGUGGACGAGCUAAGGGUAAGUGAGUGAUUUAGGGCUUUGGCGAUGUUAAAUGAGGCAAUGUGUAUGUAUUGGUGUAUGUGUAGAAUCAUGAGGCAGUAAUGGAUAGGGUUUCGUCAGGGAAAUAAAGUUGUUGAUUCGCGGGGAGAAAAUGACUGGCGCCGAACAGUCAAGGUCUGGCCCUGUGGAAAGAGACAUUGAGUUGGCUAUCACUGCUCUUAAAAAAGGAGCCCAAUUGCUCAAGUAUGGACGUAGAGGGAAACCCAAAUUUUGCCCCUUCAGACUGGUCAAUGAUGAAUCUACUCUAAUAUGGUUAUCAGGAAAAGAGGAGAAGCAUCUUAAACUGAGUCAUGUCUCCAGAAUUAUAUCUGGACAACGCACGCCAAUAUUUCAGAGAUAUCCUCGUCCGGAGAAAGAAUACCAGUCAUUUUCUCUCUUAUAUAGUGAUGGGUCUUUAGAUUUGAUUUGCAAGGACAAAGAUGAAGCUGAAGUCUGGAUUACUGGCCUAAAAGCACUAAUAUCACGUAACCGUCUUAGGAGAGGGAGAGCAGAUUCCAGAAGUGAUGGAAUCUCAUCUGAAGCAACUAGUCCUAGAGCUCACACCCAAAGAAGUUCUCCUUUGAGCUCUGCUUUUGGUAGUGGCGAUGGUUCACAGAAGGAUGAGAUGGAUCCCCUACCUCUUCGUACUCCAUAUGAUAGUCCUCCUAAAGCUGGUUUAGAAAAGGCAUUAUCUGACGUGGAAUUAUUUGUUGUUGCUCCCAAGGUCUUAUAUCCGCCUGAAUCUGCUUGUGGCUCAGUUCAUUCUGUGUCGUCAGGAGGCUCAGAAGCAACUGGGCGGCUAAAGGGUAUGAAUGUGGAUGCUUUUAGAGUUAGCCUAUCAAGUGCAGUGAGCUCAUCGAGUCAAGGUUCUGGUCAUGAUGAUAGCGAUGCAUUAGGGGAUGUUUACUUUUGGGGAGAAGGCACAGGUGAUGGUAUUCUAGGUGGGGGAGUGCAUGGAGUUGGAGGUUCUGGUGUUAGAAUAGAUUCUUUUGUUCCAAAAGCCUUGGAAUCUGCUGUCCUAUUGGAUGUUCAGACUAUAGCAUGUGGUCGUCGACAUGCCGCUUUGGUGACAAAACAGGGCGAGGUUUUCUCUUGGGGGGAGGAACUUGGAGGCAGACUUGGUCACGGUGUUGACUCUGAUGUUUUGCAUCCAAAGCUUGUAGAUGGUCUAAAAAAUAUCAAUGUUGAACUUGUAGCAUGUGGAGAGUACCAUUCUUGUGCAGUAACACUUUCAGGAGAUUUGUACAUAUGGGGUGGCAGUUCUCACAAUUUUGGGCUCAUUGGCCAUGGAAAUGAAGCCAGUAAUUGGGUUCCAAAAAAGUUGAAUGGACAUCUAGAGGGAAUACAUGUCUCCUCAGUCUCAUGUGGACCAUGGCAUACAGCUGUUGUAACUUCUGCUGGACAAUUGUUUACUUUUGGAGAUGGAAGUUUUGGUGUUUUAGGCCAUGGGGACCGCAAAAGUGCAUUUACGCCCAGGCAAGUGGAGUCCCUCAAAGGUCUUCGCACUGUUCGAGCAGCCUGUGGUGUUUGGCACACUGCUGCAGUUGUUGAAGUCAUGGUUGGUUCUUCAAGUUCGAGCAAUUGCUCUUCAGGAAAGCUAUUUACAUGGGGAGAUGGAGAUAAAGGCUGUCUUGGGCAUGGUGAUAAAGAACCGAGAUUGGUACCUACUUGCGUCGCUGCUCUUGUUGAACCCAACUUCUGUCAUGUUGCUUGCGGGCACAGCAUGACUGUUGCAUUGACAACUACAGGCCAUGUAUACACAAUGGGGAGCCCUGUAUAUGGUCAACUUGGGAAUUCUCAAGCUGAUGGCAAACUCCCUGUUCGUGUUGAAGGCAAGCUUACAAAAAAUUUUGUCGAAGAAUUAGCUUGUGGUGCUUAUCAUGUAGCAGUUUUAACUUCAAGAACUGAAGUUUACACCUGGGGAAAAGGUGCAAAUGGCCGACUAGGUCAUGGUGAUACAGAUGAUAGAAAUUUGCCAACAAUUGUUGAAGCUUUGAAGGAAAAACAGGUUAAAACUAUUGUCUGUGGGACUAAUUUUACUGCAGCUAUCUGUCUUCAUAAGUGGGUAUCUGGUAUUGAUCAAUCCAUGUGUUCUAGCUGCCGUCUUCCAUUUAAUUUCAAAAGGAAACGGCACAACUGUUACAAUUGUGGAGUUAUUUUUUGCCAUUCUUGUAGUAGUAAAAAGUCUCUCAAGGCUUCAAUGGCACCAAAUCCCAACAAAGCUUACCGUGUCUGUGAUCAAUGUUUUGGCAAACUGAGGAGGGUUACUGAAACUGACUUUUCAUCUCAUUCUGCUCUAACUAGAAGAGGAAGCUUAAAUCAGCGACUAGUUGAUGUUGAAAACAAUGACUAUUUGAAUACAAGAUCACAUGUCCAACUUGGAAGAAAUAAUUUCAUGGAGUCAUCUAAAGAUGUAGAAAUUGAAUCUUUAAAGAGGAACAAACUAAACAUGAACCAUCCUCAGGUUUCACUCUCUGCAAAUUAUUCUUCUCAGCGGAAUACAUUUAAUAACUCAAAAUAUUUUGGUUCGUCAAAGAAAUUUUUCUCGGCUUCUCUUCCGGGAUCAAGAAUUAUGUCUCGAGCCACAUCACCAACAUCAAGGCGAUCUAGUCCACCUCGUGCAACAACACCAACCCCAACUCUUUCAGUUCAGGCAUUGCCAAAAAUUGUUGUGAAUGACACUAAAAAGACAAAUGACAGGCUGAGUGAAGAAGUUGUUAAAUUAAGGGCUCAGGUUGAAGAACUCACUCGCCAAGCUCAGGUUCAAGAAGAUGCGCUGGAAAGGACAACCAAACAAUUGAAGGAAGCUACUGCAGUUGCAGAGGAGGAGACUUCAAAAUGCAAAGCAGCAAAAGAAGUAAUAAAGUCACUUACUGCCCAAUUGAAGGACAUGGCAGAAAGGUUACCUGUUGGAGGAGCAAGAAACAGCAGUUCACCUUCCUUUCAUUUUUCUAGUGCCACUCCUCCUAGGGAAGUUUCUUCAGCAGGCAAUGAGCAACUGAGUAGUCCCAUAACUUGCCAUGAAGCAGAUUCAAAUGGAUCAAACAGCCUGGUGAUUUCUAAUAUGUCUGGCACCACUCGCAAUCAGACUAUAAAUCACUAUGAAGUGCCUCAUUUGGAAGCAACAACAAAGGGUAAAAGCAGAACAGCAAAAGUUGAACCCACCCCUGGGGAUGAAUGGGUUGAGCAAGAUGAAUCGGGUGUGUACAUUACCCUUGUUUCCUUGCCAGGAGGUGCCAAAGAUCUUAAGCGUGUCCGCUUCAGUCGAAAGCGAUUCAGUGAGAAACAAGCAGAACAAUGGUGGACAGCAAACAGAGCAAGGGUAUAUCAACAAUACAAUGUUCCCAUGGUUGAUAAAUCUAUUGCGGGAGUGGGAAGGGAAAGUUUAGUACGUUGACCUUCAAUAAUAAAAGAUGCAACUGUGGUGGUACUGGAUUUUUCAGAAUUUGGUUCUUAAAUUUCUGCUCUUAUGACUGGAGGAAGCCAAUUUUGUUUUUUAGAGGGUGAGGGUAUUGCUAAUCUCUCGUUAUUUUUCCUUGAUCUUGCAUUUUCGCCCUUCCUUUUUUUUUUUCCUUCUGCCAAAAGAUGUAUACAUAUCUUCAUAAUUUCCUGAAAUUUUUUCAAAGGGAAGCAUGAAAAGUGGCGAGGGUAGUGUAAAUUCUUUGUAAGUACAUUGCGGGCUUUGAUUUCAAGACAGCUGCCUUUGUAUAUUCAUGAAAAUGGUAGCAUUCAGAUUGGAUGGCAUUCAUUUAGC